AUGGCGCCGAAGCAGAAGAAGGAGGCGGAGGCAGUCGACGACGCGCGGCUCAGAAUCGCCAUCGUGAACGGCGACCGCUGCAAACCUAAAAAGUGCAGGCAGGAGUGCAAGCGCAACUGCCCCGUCGUGCGCACCGGGAAACUGUGCAUCGAGGCAGACGCCACGUCGAAGAUUGCCUUCAUUUCCGAGCCGCUCUGCAUUGGUUGCGGUAUUUGCGUGAAGAAGUGUCCCUUCGAGGCGAUCGCCAUCAUCAACCUCCCCAGAGACCUGGGCAAAGAUGUCACACACCGCUUCGGGCCGAACUCGUUCAAACUCCACAGACUGCCCGUUCCCAGACCAGGACAGGUCUUGGGUCUCGUUGGUACAAACGGUAUCGGCAAGUCGACGGCGCUGAAGAUUCUCUCAGCGAAGCUGAAACCGAAUCUGGGCAAGUACAACAACCCGCCAGACUGGCAAGAAAUCUUGGCGUACUUUCGAGGCAGUGAAUUGCAGAAUUUCUUCACGCGCAUGCUCGAGGAGGAUCUGAAAGCCAGCAUCAAACCUCAGUAUGUGGACCACGUCCCUAAGCAGGUGAAAGGGACGGUUGGGGCCGUCGUGAAACUUAAAGACGAGACUGGCCGAGGAGCCGAACUCAUGAAAGACAUGGAGCUAGACCACCUCGUCGACCGUGAAAUUGGAAAUCUCUCCGGAGGGGAGUUGCAGCGUUUCUGCAUCUGCGUGACGGCCAUCCAAAAGAACAAUGUGUUUAUGUUUGACGAGCCCUCGUCGUAUCUCGACGUCAAACAGAGACUUAAGGCGGCGCUCGUGAUUCGCUCUUGUCUCCAGUACGACAACUUCAUCAUUGUGGUUGAACACGAUCUGUCCGUGUUGGAUUACCUCUCCGACUACAUUUGCUGUCUCUGGGGUAAACCCGGCGCGUACGGCGUCGUCACCAUGCCGUUCAGCGUCAGAGAAGGAAUCAACAUUUUCCUCGACGGUUUCGUGCCGACGGAGAACCUGCGGUUCCGCGACGAGAGCCUGAACUUUAAGCUGGCGGCUGACCAAGACAUCCUCCCGGAAGAAAUUCAGCGGCUGCAUUUCUACAAGUAUCCGUCCAUGACGAAGACGCUCGGCUCGUUCAAGCUUCGGGUGGAAGGCGGCCAUUUCAGCGACAGCGAAAUCCUCGUCAUGCUCGGCCAGAACGGAACAGGAAAGAGCACGUUGAUUCGAAUGCUCGCCGGGCUGCUAAAGCCGGACGAAGACGUGGAGCUGCCGAAUCUGCAUGUGAGCUACAAGCCGCAGACGAUCACCGCCAAGUACCAGGGAACAGUGAGAGACUUGUUCUUCGCCAAGAUCCGGGAGUCCUUCAACCACCCGCAGUUCCAAACAGACGUCGUGAAGCCUCUGCAGCUGGAGACGAUUAUGGACCAAGAAGUGCAGCACCUGUCCGGAGGAGAGCUGCAGCGCGUCGCCCUAAUUGUCGCGCUGGGGAAACCUGCAGAUAUUUACCUUAUUGACGAGCCGUCUGCUUACCUCGAUUCUGAACAACGUAUCAUGGCUGCGCGAGUUAUCAAGCGGUUCAUCUUGCAUGCAAAAAAGACGGCGUUCGUGGUCGAGCACGAUUUCAUCAUGGCCACCUACCUGGCAGACCGCGUCAUCGUGUACGAGGGCGAGCCUGGGGUGGACUGCGUGGCUCUCUCUCCUGACAAUCUCGUCAGCGGCAUGAACCGCUUCCUUAAGUCCCUGGAGAUCACAUUCCGCCGAGACCCGACCAAUUUCCGGCCCCGCAUCAACAAAAUGGAAAGUGUGAAGGACAAAGAGCAGAAGCUUCUUGGCAACUACUUCAUGCUCGACGAGGCUUGA